UGACGAUGGUAGGCUGGAAAGACGGAUGGUCAGGGCCGUCCCCGUCUAACCUGAACAUGCAAGUGUAACUAAUUCUUCCCCGGUUAUAGUGCUGAACCAGGUUGCGCGUGUAUUUAGCUUUAGGUGGUCAUUAAACCUUUAUUUGAAAUAAUGGAGGACGACUGUGUGUGUGAGUACGACUCGACCUGGGACACAGAGAGUGAUGGAGACGACCCGGCCGGAGAUAGCCAAACCCGUCGGUCAAGUCAAGACAAAAACAAAUCUGGUUGGGCUUUAGUGACGUGGCAUCAUACGCCCAGAAACAUGAGGGCAGCUAAGGACAUGCAGAACUACAGAAGAGGAUACCCAAAUCUCACAGAUGAUGAGUGUUCAGAGGACAAAAUGAACAAUCUGCAGUUCUAUCUGAAUAAAUUUCCCUCUGCUCCUGAUGAUGUCUACAUUGAAUCAUUUCUUAAAGAGUGGAAAAAUGACUACAAAAGACUGGAGAGGGUUCACUCAUACAUUCAGUGGCUGUUUCCGCUGCGAGAACCGGGGGUUAAUUACAUGGCUUCAGAACUCACCAAGAAGGAAAUUGAGGCCUUUAAGAAGAAUGAGGACGCCAAAAGGAGACUAGUCGAGUCCUAUGAACUCAUGUUGGGCUUCUAUGGCAUCCGUCUGGUCAACAAAGAGACGGGAGAAGUGAAACGUGCAGAAAAUUGGAAGGAGCGCUUUGGAAACCUAGAGCGGAAUAUGCACAACAACCUGCGGAUCACUCGCAUCCUGAAAAGCCUCGGAGAGCUGGGCUUUGAGCACUAUCAGGCUCCACUUGUACGCUUCUUUCUGGAGGAGACUCUGGUCAAGAAGACCCUCAGCAGCGUGAAACGCAGUGUGCUAGACUACUUCCUAUUUGCUGUACUCGACAAGCAGAAACGCCAGGAGCUUGUGCGCUUUGCUUACCUUCACUUUGAGCCAAAGGAUAAGUUUGUUUGGUGUCCCAGAAAGAUCCAGAAACAAUUCAGAAAGGCAGAGAAAAGAGCUGAUGCUGUUGGGAAUGGGGACGGAAAAGAUGACGUCUGUUCACGGGGUAAAAGCAAAGAUGGAGAAACAGCUGUGCAACAGAAAGAGGACGGACUGGAUAAUGUUGCAAAGCCUCAGAAAGGAACUGAUAAAACAGCAACUAAGGACAAAAGCAAACUCUCUGAGGCGUCCCCCGAGAAAAAAACAGAAGCCGAGGCUGUCGGAAAUGGAAGCGUGGAGACUGACGUUAAUAGUGAAAUUUUGGGUAAUGGAAACGACUCCGCAGAUGACGUUCAUGAGAUGGAUCAGUCACCAAGUCCCGACACUGCGACGACAAAAACCGAACCCUGUGCGGACAGCGAGCAGAAAUGUACCAACAACGUGAAGGACACCAUCCAAGAAGCGGACAACAUUAUGCAAACAGAUGGGGACAUAGAAACUGAAAAACCGCCGAAGAAGAAGAGAGAAGAUAACAAGGUGCUGCCAAGCAAUGGCUCCACUGGGGACUUAGCCAGCGGGCAGAUGGAGGAAAAAGCUGUUGCUAAUAAAGCCACUGGUCAAACGAGCCCAUCAGUGCAAACUCCUCUUAAGACUUCAAAACACUCACCCUCUCUGUCUUCAGAAAGGGAGGAAAAAAUCCCAAGGACUGAUUUCAAUCAAGUGCCAGAUAAAAAGGAAGAAGAGGAAACGUCACAGGAAAAUGUGUCGGCAACAAAUGGGUCACUGGUGAAAGCCGACAAAGGUGCGGACCAACAGACAAACGGGAAGGAGUCGGAGGAUAUCGAUAUGGAAUCAAACCCCUCGAGCUCAGACCAAAACGUGGGGAAUUCAUGAGCAAACUGAGUGACUAAAGAAAAUACAUAUGAACUUAAAUGUAAUAUAGGGACAGAGUAUGACUUAAAAAGACUUCCUAGGCCUUAUUUCUACUAUAUUUGAUGUUAAGGUAUUGAUUCUUUUUACUUUGAAGGAGUAUGUGAAUUGGUUAAGUCACCAAAUGUGGGACUGGAUAAGACUCUACAUGGCCAUCAGACAAUAUGAAAUAAGACUUGUGGUGUUCCAUAUUUUGGUCCAAAAAUCCAAAUGAAAAUGACCAAAAGUGUGUGCUUAAUACUUUCAGACGUCCUCCAUCCUGUCUGUGGCACCAUACCCAAAGAAAAGGUGUAGUUUUACAGCUGUGAGGUAAAUGAUGAGUUAAUUGUUGGUUUUGGUCAUUUUCAUUAGAUUUGUAGACAAAUAAGAAAAAUACAGAAUAUUGCCUAACUUGUCUAUCAUGGCAGUAAUGAUGAAGACUGUCAGCAGCAGAUAUAAAAUAUCUCUACAAAGUACAUGCAGCACUAUUAAUAAUGUGUAUCAAUGAAAUGAAGGUUUCCGCAUUUUUAACACCUUAGUACUUUGACAUUUGAGGAUCUUUUGUUUUUUUUUCUUUGCACUGAGAAAUUCGUUGGAAGAGCUUCUUUUUUUGUCUCUCUGAGCUGUUUUUGUGUGGGUAAAAGCAUUCUGUGCUGGUUUGUUUGUUUUCUCUGCUGGACCCUGCUGUUCAAAUGGAAUUAAGACUGAAUGUCAUUUAAGUUAUAUUUCAAUAAUGUUGCACAGUCUGUAUGUUUUCAUGCAGAUUUGGGAAGUAGACUUUUUGAACAACUGAAAGCCUUGCCAAAAAAAAAUAAAAAAAAUGUGAUAAGACUGGUUGAUUGUACGACGUGUGUGUCAUCUUGGCAGAACUGAUAAAGCUUUGGCUAUAAUUUAAUGUCAACUGUAUGUUCAUUUGAAUUUGGUGCAGUCCAUGGAUGUUUCCAAGCCGGGGUGAUUUUAUUGAUUCAUCUUUUGAUAUUUGCACUUAAUUUUCACUAUUAAUUGUUGAACUUACUGUACUUACCUAAUGAAAUGGUAAUAACUUUAUAUAUGACGUUUUCCCCCCGACUACAAACCUGGCUGUUAACGAAGCAGAAUAAAGUUAUGCUAUUUUCUGA